GGCAGCGCCCCAGGACCCAGGAUAAUACCUGUGCCUCCUGCCCAGAACCCUCCAAGCAGGCACAAUUGUAAGAAUGGUGCCUGUCCUGCUGUCUUUCCUGCUCCUUCUGGGUCCUGCUGUUCCCCAGGGGACCCAAGAUGGGUUUCACACUUUGCAGGGACGGUUCGGUUGUGAGAUCCAGAAUAACAGAAGCACUGGAGCAUCCUGGGAGUAUACCUAUGAUGAAAGGGGCUACAUUAAAUUCAACAAAGAAAUCCCAGCCUGGAUCCCCUUGGACCCAGCAGCCCACAUCACCAAGAAGAAGUGGGAGGCAGAACCCGUCUAUGUGCUGCGGGCCAAGGCUUACCUGGAGGAGGAGUGCCCUGCGACUCUGCGGAAAUACCUGAACUACAGCAAAAGUAUCCUGGACCGGCAAGGUACUCACUGCUCCCUGCUCCCCAGUACUAAGUCCAGAAUAAAAGAUGAUCUCAAGCUAGGAGCUCAGGCAACAUCUGAGUCUGGUCUUAUCUGUUCCUGGAUGUUCUCUCAGACCCCCCGCUUUCAUCUUGUAGGAUUGUCAUCCCUUCCCUGGGAUGACAUAAUUUGUGGUCUGAAAAGAACAUCUUCAAAAUUUCAGGCAGAAUGUGCCAGGAAGUCCAUUCUUUGUUGGUGGGUGUCCCCAAAUCGUCUCCAUUUGACAGACAAGGAGCUUGAGGUCAGAGAGGUUAGGGUAACACUGUCUGUGAGAGGCAGAGCUGGGACUCCAAUUCCAGACUUCAGGUUCCCAAUCCCAUAGUUGUAUCUCUCUACAAUGACGCCUCCCAUCUGAGUGGUGUAGAGAAUGGAGGUGUGUAAAGUGUCAGCUCUGGAACGAUGAGACCGAGCCAGUGUGAGAGGAAUUGAUGGCUGCAGGCUGAGACUUGGAUUGGAGACGUGGUGAGACUCAGGAGUGUGCAGUGCUGCAGGGAAGAGGUUGCUGGAUAGAGCCAUGGGCUGAAUCAAGCAGCUGGGCUGAGACUGGGGGAGAGGAGAACUCCAAGGCCCACUGAGAUAUGGGAAACGUGG